GCCUAACGUUUAACUUAUUUAUUUAAUGAUAAAGAGAAAAAUAGCACGGAAAUUGAACCAGUCUACAGAGUUAUUUGAACGAUAAAGGAACAUUAAACACAAAAACGACAAAGGGAGAUUUUUGACUGAAAAUGGUUCUCAUCUACAUUGGAUUACUGUUAGUAGUGGCAGUCAGCGGGGGUGAAUGUUUAACAUGUCUGCAAUGUGACGGCGUUCUACAGCCUAGAUUUUGUAGAAGAGUUGUAGAUUGUUACGACGGAGAGUUAUGCAGCGCUAUGAGGGUUGUCAACGAAUUUGGGGAGCAGGUAUAUAAUCUCGGUUGCCAUACACGAAAGGUUUGUGGUAAUAUAACAACUUCUUCUAGCACGAAACAAUGCGCAAAUUGUUGUGAAACCAACCUUUGUAAUUCCGAGGCUUGUGGGGAACCAGGAUAUCCUUUGAACAGAGGACCAGUAUGUUUCAAUUGUCCAUCUCAUACCAGUACUGGGCUUUGUCAUGAUAUCGAUUUUUGUUUUGAGGAUGAGACAUGUAACAUUGUCGGAAGACAGUUAUUUUCAAGUGAAGUUCUAACAAGCAAAUGUGUAUCGAAACAUGCUUGUAGAGAUCAAACGGGAAGCCAUAUCUCUAUAAUUGGAAAACGUGAAGUUUCAAAUGUGAAAAGAACUAGGCAACAAACAUGCGACCUUUGUUGUCAUGACGACCUAUGCAACCGGAACUGCUUAACAGCGUCAAACAUUCCCGAUAAAGAUGAAUGCACCUCAAACCCCUGCGGCUUCGGCGGAACUUGCUAUGACACAAUGAAUGGGUACAACUGCAUUUGUGCACCUGGAUUUUCUGGAAUUAAUUGUGAAACAGAUAUAGAUGAUUGCUUAAUUGGAUUAUGUGGAACAUAUGGUACCUGUAUUGACGGCAUUAGUAACUACACAUGUGCAUGCGAAACGGGAUAUACCGGAAACAACUGUGAAAUCAAGUUGCAGGCAGAUUGUUCAGGCAUAAAACAUCACAAUGUUAACGCAACAGACGGUGUUUACAGUGUUUUAACAUGGAAAACUAACCGAACAAUCCAGGUUUACUGUGACAUGAGGACAGUCGGUGGAGGUUGGACGGUUUUUCAAAAUCGAUUUGAUGGCUCUGUCAACUUUACCAGAAGCUUCUCAGAAUACGUCAAUGGAUUUGGAGACAUUCAUACAGAAUUCUGGCUAGGACUAGAAAAUCUUCAUGAACUUGUAAGUCAAGGUAACUACGAACUUCGAAUAGAUGUAACAGCCGCGAAUGGGUCUAAAGGAUAUGAGACAUUCCCAAACUUUACCAUAUCAGCCGGCUCGAACUACACAUUGCAUAUUUUGCCAGGUCAUGGAUCAAUAGGAGACAAUGGUACGCAAGGUAUGUUGUUGCACAAUGGUAUGCCGUUCAGUACAUUCGAUCAUGAUCGUGAUCAUUACAACGGUAACUGUGCACAAGUGUAUAAGUCAGGAUGGUGGUAUAACAAGUGUAUGUUUGUGCACUUAAAUGGGGUAUAUGAUUUACCAGGUACGACCGACACGAGCGCAAUGAGUUACUACAUGUUUACCAACGGUGAAUAUAUAUCAUUAAAAACAUCACGUAUGAUGUUUAGAGAAGUGUGAAGUGUAUGACAUGCUGUUAUAUAUACUUUAAUUUGAUAACAAGCAACAUGGACCAAUAAUAAGUGAAUGUGCAACUUGUUUAUUUCAAAUACAAAUGUAAAUGUUUUAAAAUAAAUAAGAUAAAGACUGAGAUGGAUAAAUAAAUUUUGGUGAAUGGUCCCUUGCCUCUAAAAAGUAUUGGUUUUCAACAUAAAACAAAUUUACCCGUAUUUUUACAUCGAAGUUUGAAUAGGAUGUAUGAUUUUAACUAUCUUAAGAAAUGAAUCCACAGUCGGGAUUGUAAACAACUUAAUAUUUGAAAUACUUAACAGUGAUUAUACAUGUACUGGUCAACAGCAGAAGGAAACAACAACAAAUAAAUAAUGAAACAAAAAUAUUGUAUAUAAACUAAAAUAAUAAAAAAGAAUAUAUACCUUUAGAGCCGAUGGGAUCUGAGUUAGCUUCAUACAAAUUAGAAUUGGUGCAAAAAAUACUUUACUGUAGCUAGUCCUGGCAGGAAUCAUAAUUUGCUAAUUUGCAUACUGGCCGGUGCAUAGUGUUACACUAACUACACCGCCGCUGUUACUACAGCUAAGAUUCUUUCUGAUUGUUACAAUAAAUAUAUGUCAUAUGAUAAACAUAAACAAAUAACAGCUCCUUAUGUAUCAACAUUGUGUAUUCAUAUUCGUUUACUUUCUUGUAACUUAUAUGAUUGUAAUAUCUCCAUAACUAGAUAGAGAAUAUUCAAGUUUUUUUCCCAUAAAUACUGGAUUUAUUUUCAUCGAAUUGUAUGAAAAAUGAUAAUUUUCAUACCGCAAGAUGAAAAUAAAUCCUGUAUUUAUAGAUAAAAUCUUGAAUUUUCUGUUUAUUCUCUCUUUUGACAUGACAUUUUGAGAGGCGUUUCCUUAAAUUUGUAUACUGGCAGAACUUAGAAGAAAGUAGUCCGGCAAUUCACCUGUGAAAUACGGAAAAUAUGUUUCAUUGUAGUGAAAAAGAAAUUAUAGGUUUAUGAAGGGGCAUAUCACCUGUCAAGAAUCUUUAUAAGGAAUUAAUAUCAUAGUUAUUUUCAUAGAUUUGAGAGAAAUAAAUACGUAAUAACUUGACAGCAGUCGUGUUUAUAAUUAUAAAGUACAGACGUUACGAUUAUUCAAUGAAAAGGGACGUUACAUGUACAAAUGUGCAGUAUUAUAAACGUUUACGUAUAAUUAAUUGUAUAUUUUCUUUUCAAUAAACAUUUACCUAUUUACAAUUCAACACUUAAAAAGAAGUUAAAUUAAUCAUCUGAGCUUAGUUUUGUAUUGAUAACGAAUUUUUCAGCUUGAGUCUUGGACGAUGUACACGUUCCUUGUUUUACUUUAAUAUGUGUAUGAAAUAAUUCGUAAUAUAUCUCUUAUUCAUAUAGAGAAGUUGACAGUUACUGCCUGCCGCUAUAUAGGGAAUAUAACUGAAA